AUGAAGUUCCUCUGGUCUCUCGCCCUCGUCGCCGCUGUUGCUUCUGCUCAGUCCGCUACCGAUUCAGACGCUGCUGCCCCCUCAGCCUCCGGCGGAUGUGACGCCGACUUCAUCGUUAAGCGAUGUCUCGAAACCGAGAACGCAAAGGUUGAGGAGUGUAAGCCCAACGACUGGGAUUGUCUCUGCCCUGCUUACGAGGCCGUCGCUACCUGCUUCAACAACUGCCCCGACGACCCUCGUGCUGGCUCCGCCAAGGGCCAGGUUCAGAUCAACUGCCAGAACCAGUCUCUCUAUGGAACCUCCACAAGGAACACAAAGACCAGCUCUGCCACAGCUACUGCCUCGGAAGCAUCCGCUACCGAGUCUGAUGAUACUGAAGAGACCGGCACUGCAACUGAGUCGGCUUCCGCCGCCGAGAACACCAAUAACGCCUCUAAGAAGGCCCGCAACACUGCUGGCGUUCUCCUCGCCGUUGCUGGUGUUGUUGCUGCCAUCCUGUAA